AUAUCACACACCUCAAAGCAUUAUAAUCAUCUUAUCCUAAGCUCUUUUUUGUUUCUUUCUUUAUUCAAGGCAAAUUAAUCAAACAUUAUGGGUGCCUAUACCUUUACUAAUGAGUCCACAGUCCCAGUUGCCCCAUCAAGGCUAUUCAAAGCUUUGGUUAUUGAUUUUAACCACAUUGUAUGUAAAUUGAUGCCUGAUGUUGAGAGCAUUGAGAAUAUUGAGGGUGAUGGUGGUGCUGGAACCAUCAAGAAGGUCACCUUCGUGGAAGGUGGUCCAAUGAAGUACUUGAAGCACAAGAUUCAUGUGAUUGAUGAACAGAACUUAGUAACAAAAUAUUCACUUAUCGAAGGUGAUGCUCUUGCAAACAAAGCUGAUUCAGUUGACUAUGAUGUCAAAUUUGAAGCUUCUGCAGAUGGAGGAUGUGUUGGCACAACAGUAACUGUGUACAACACAAUAGGUGACUAUGUUGUUACUGAGGAAGAACACAAUUUGCACAAAGCGAGAUUUGAUGCUAUUGUCACGGCCGUCGUAACAUACCUCCUCACCAAUCCUUCUGCCUAUGCUUAAAUGGUGAAAAAGAAUUGUGUCUACGAGUGAGAGAUCGUCAUACGUGUUGUUGUGUGUUAUGUAAUUGAAUAAGUAAAAGUUGUUGAAGUUUUAGAUGAUUCUUCCAUGGGAUUGAGUUUUACUUUGUUAAAGUCUUUUGUUGAGUGUGUGUGAUUUCCAAUUGUAUGUCAUCGAAAGAACUUAAGAUAAAGAAUAUCACAAGUUUUACUUUUUUCAAA